UGAGUUAUGCAAGCCCCUUCGCCAUGACACAUCUAUGAUCCAUGAAGGGGCUGCUCAGACUCAGCAUGAUAGAAUCCCACCGUGUUCUCUCAGAGUUCUGGAGGCUUUAGGUCCGAAGUCAAGGUGCCAUCAGGGUUGGUGUCGGUUGAGACCUCUCUUCUUGCUGACCUCUCCGUGUCCUCCACGGUCUUCCCUCUGUGCAGGCGUGAAAGGGAGCUCUCUGUUGUGACUUCCUUUUCUUGCAAGGACAUUAAUCCUGUGGAAUUAGGGCUCCUCCGUGACCUCACGUAGCCCUGUUCCCUUCCUAGAGGCUUCGCUUCCAGAUGCAUUCACAUGAGGGUUGGGGCUUCAAUGUAGGAAUUCUGGGAGACACAGCUCAGUCUAUAACAAAGGGUAAUGUGGAAUUUUUUGCCUAAAGGACCAGAGAAUUUUUAUUUAUUUAUUUUUUCUUUCUUUGUUUUUUUUGCAGCUAAAAUAUAUGAUGUAUAUCCGUAUUUAUUGACAUGGAAAAGUGUUCACAACAUACUGCUGAAUGACAAAAAGCAGACAGAACCGCCACUGAAUACACCAGAAAACCGAGAGUAUCUCGCAGAAAUUAUGUUUGAAUCGUUCAACGUCCCAGGACUCUACAUUGCGGUUCAGGCAGUGCUGGCCCUGGCCGCCUCGUGGACAUCACGACAGGUGGGCGAACGCACGUUAACGGGGAUCGUCAUCGACAGCGGGGACGGGGUCACCCAUGCCAUCCCAGUGGCAGAAGGCUACGUGAUUGGGAGCUGCAUCAAGCACAUCCCCAUCGCAGGGCGGGAUAUCACCUAUUUCAUCCAGCAGCUGCUGCGGGAGCGGGAGGCGGGGAUCCCCCCGGAGCAGUCGCUGGAGACCGCCAAAGCCAUCAAGGAGAAAUACUGCUACAUCUGCCCUGACAUAGUCAAGGAGUUUGCCAAGUACGACGUGGAUCCUCGGAAGUGGAUCAAACAGUACACGGGGAUCAACGCCAUCAACCAGAAGAAGUUCGUCAUAGAUGUCGGCUACGAAAGGUUCCUGGGCCCUGAGAUUUUCUUUCACCCGGAGUUUGCCAACCCGGAUUUCAUGGAGUCCAUCUCGGAGGUGGUUGAUGAAGUCAUACAGAACUGCCCCAUCGACGUUCGCCGUCCGCUGUAUAAGAAUGUCGUUCUUUCGGGAGGCUCCACGAUGUUCAGGGAUUUCGGACGUCGCCUGCAGAGAGACUUAAAGAGGGUGGUGGACGCCAGGCUGAAGCUUAGCGAGGAGCUCAGCGGUGGCAGGAUAAAGCCGAAGCCUGUGGAGGUCCAGGUGAUAACGCACCACAUGCAGCGCUACGCCGUGUGGUUCGGAGGCUCCAUGCUGGCCUCAACUCCGGAGUUCUUGCAGGUCUGCCACAGCAAGAAGGACUACGAGGAGUGCGGCCCGAGCAUCUGCCGCCACAACCCCGUCUUCGGGGUCAUGUCUUAGUGGCGGCUUGUCCCCC